UGGUGAGUUGAGUGUGAGUCUCCCGUGUACUUUGCUGGUGUGCAGACGGAUGAUAAAAUAAUGACGAUCUAAGCAGUACCAAGUCACCAGCUAGGCUAUCGUACAAUAUACCUUAUUAAUAGUGUCGUAAUCGUAUUUGGAACAGGAAAAGUAUUGUCCCAACUCCGCUCGCUGGUUUCCGUGGUUAGAUUACAGGUGAACGCAUUGAUUGAAUGCAUUUAUCAAUAUCCGUUCGGUGGGCAGUGGGUGGAAAAACAGCAUCUUAAAGCCAGACCGAAACGGUCCAUUGGAACAGCAUUAGGCAGCAGAGGUCAAAGACAUCCGCAGUCGAAAGGCCUUGAGAGGGAACGAGAACAAACACACACUGAAGGGAAAGAGAGAGAUACGCGAGAUAGAGAGACACACAGACAGACAGUUGGAGAGCUGCAAGAACGCGCCUGUUUUAGUUUCGUGCCGUGCGUCGUAGAUUGUUGUUAGUUUGAUCAAAUAGAUAGCCAAAGAGAAGGAUAGAAACAGGCAACGCGGGUCAGCGUAAACAACAAAUAUGAGCGAAGAGGAUGGCGAGGGACGGUCUAGCAACCCAACAGCAUCAAUAUCCAUACCUGCAAAAGCAGCUAGCUCCGAUGAGCACGAGGAUCAGAUGGGGGAAGGUACGACUCCUGGUGCACGAGAGUUUUCCAAAGUUCCAAUAUUUGUAGUAGAAGAUCACCACGAUGUAUUAACAUUUCUGUACCGAUGUCUUGGUUCACGGCAUCUGCCCUUACUGGGGAACACUAUAAUCCAUUUUGACUCCCAUCCGGAUAUGUGCAUCCCGAAACACAUGCCUGCUGGUUACGUGUUCAACAAGGAAGACCUGCUGGACAGCAUCAGUAUCGAGAACUGGCUGAUGCCGACAGUUUUCGCCGGACACGUCAAGCGAAUCGUGUGGAUCAAGCCGGAUUGGUCUAACCAGAUUCCGAAGGGCAAGUUUCGAUUCAACGUGGGCGAAUAUGAAGGCAGCAUUCGAACAGAUUCUACACUGGAAUAUUUCGUAUCCGAGGGGUGCUACCAACCCGAAGAAAACUUGGAAAACAAAAAAUCCCUCGAUCUGGAAGUGUGUUCGAUCGGAGAGUACAGAGCAGCUGACGAUGAGGAUCUAAAAGACGGGUACAUCUUAGACAUCGAUUUAGACUAUUUUAGCACACACAAUCCAUUCUUGAAAAUUUACGAGAAGGUCGGCCUUUACGAUAAGCUCAAGGAGAUAUUUAUUUCCCCAGAGUUAGCUGACAGUGCAGAAAAUGAUCUGGAAAAACUACAGCAACUCGCCAAAAAUCGAGAGGAAAAAUUGGAAUUUCUUGAAUCAAUGUUCCUCUAUCUUGAGGAGGUUGGAAAUCUGAAGCACUUUCUCAUCGACUACCAGCAGGAAAUCAGCGAAGAGUACACGCAGCUAUUGCAAAAAGUAUCAGCACUUGUAACAAUCUUGAAAAAAGAAUACUCCGAAGAUGAAAUCGAUUGGUCAAUGAUCUACGAUGCGGGCUGUACUUGUGAUGCCACCGACCUUCCGCAUCACGAAUCGACCAUGGAAGAGAUUCAAUCGAUGGUAACACAUCUGGAGGCCUUUCUAUCAUGCCUCCCAGGUCCGCCUACGGUGAUUACUGUUUCGAGAUCGAGCGAAGAUGAUUACACCCCCUCCGAGCAAGUCGAGAUGAUUCAGGAACUUGUUCUGGCGUCACUCAAAAAAUGUCUCCGUACCGAGCUAGACGAACCAACGCUGUACUAUAAAGAUCAAGAGUUGAAACUGUAGAUGAGUUGAGCGAAGCCAACAACCCCGAGGCGUGAGGAUCCGUCUUCAGCCAAGCGAUAUGUUUCCUUACUUCCUGUAACUAGCCUUCCGUAGGACCUUAACAGAACCAGUGUACCAUUAUGAUUAUGCUAUGCGCAGUUACUAAUGUUUAAAUCUAAAUCAGUACUAGUACCAGGAAUAAAACACCAAAAUAUUGACAAGUAAAA